AUGGAUGACGCAUCGUCAUCGUCAUCUGUGCCCGGAGCGUACCGAAAGCCAUUCAGGAAGGGCGACCAGUGGCCAACAGAGCCUCCCCGAGCCAUGGACAGCAUGUCCAGCUCCCCGGUGGCCAUGUUCCGCAUCGACGGCGAGCGGCUGAAGAACCUGAUCGAGCAGACCGCGCCCAAGUCGGUGCUCAUCUUCGGCACGGGGCCCUUCCAGAGACGUGUGCUCGCCGUCACCAUGCUGUGCCUGCUCGUGGUCGCCCUGCACAACAGGGUGCUCAUGGUGCUGGCGCGACCCGUGGUCCACUGGUGCCGGCGACCCGACGAGUACCUGAACGUGCCGCUCGACGAGUGGAAGAACGCGAGCCUGCCCCGGCGCCCCGACGGCUCGGUGAGCGAGUGCACGCGCUACGAACCCGCGCUGCUCCCGCCGCCGCGGGAAUUGACGUGGUUGUCGGUGGUGGUCAACAGGACCGAGGUGCCCUGCGACGCGUGGGAGUACGACCUGACCGCCGGAGGCCCGACUUUAGAGAGCCAGUGCGGCCGUGGCCAGUGGGACCUGGUGUGCGGCCGGCGCCGGCCCGUGCUGGUGGCGCUGGCCGCGUCGUACCUCCUGGGUGGCGUAGUCGUCAUGCCGACGGCGGGCCACUGCGCCGACCGAGUCGGCCGCCGUCCCAUGCUGUUCGGGGCCGUGAUGGUGCUCGCGCUGUCCAGCGUCGCGACCUGCCUCGUGCGGUCCCUGUACGCGUUCGUCGCGCUGCGCGUCGUCACCGGCGCCGCCGCUAGCGUCGCCGAGGUCACGUCCACGCUCAUCCUGUUCGAGGUGACACCUCGCAGUGGCCGCACGGGGUUCACUACGCUGGCCUUCUGCGGCCUGUCGGUGCUGGGCCCCUUCUGGCUGUCGAUGGCGGCCCGCUUCACCUACGACUGGCGCGCCGUCCAGGCCAGCCUCGCGCUGCCAGCGGCCCUGCUGGUGCCGGCCACCUUCUGGAUGGAGGAGUCACCGCGCUGGCUGGUCGUCACGUGGCGCUUCGCCGAGGCCGAGCGCGUCGUCUUGUGGGCGGCGCGCGUGAACGGCCUCAACGUCGACGAGCUGCGACCCCUGUUCAGCGAGGUCGUGGAGAACGUCAAGAACCGACACGGUUUUCCGGCGAACCUGCCGGGCCCGCCGUCCUUCUGGGACCUGCUCCGGAGCAGCAGUAUCCGGUCGCGCUCGUUCAUCGCGUUCGGCUGCUGGUUCUUCGCUCUGCAGGCCGCCGUGUGUUUGAGGCCCCGCGGCCGAAUGAGCGGGCUCGCCGUGGCCGAGGUGGUGAUGGCGUACGUCAUGGCGCCCCUCCUCGUUCUCCACUACAUGCUCAUGAAGGCGUGGGGCCGUCGGCGGACGCUGGCGCUCAGCAUGACCCUCGUCUCGGUUCUGACCACGGCGCUGGCCGUGGUGAUCGUGCAGCAGAACUGGUUCCUCUUCAAGCUCGUCAUGACGGUCGCCAUGCUCGUGCUGACGUGCGUGUUCGCCACGCUGUUCGUGUACACGGCCGAGGUGUUCCCGACGGUAGUGCGAGGAGCUGGCUACGGGGGCGCCACCAUCUGCGGUCGCCUGGGACUCCUGACGGCCGUGGUCGUCAGGUACCUGAUCCGCCUCGACCCUCUCACCAAGGACGUGUUCGCCCUGCUCGCCGUGUCGCUGGGCACGUUCACUUUCGGCCUGCUGGCUCUGCUGCUGCCGGAGACGAACGUCAUGAGGGUUCCGGACACCAUUCAAGAAGCCGAGCAGGAGGAACCCGUCCGCGUAGACUCGCUGCUGCAGAUACUGUUGCGCAAGCGAGCCGGUUACACAUCGCAGACCAAGCUGUGACCGCGGAGGACGCGAGGCGGCGCUCGGGUCCGAUGCUCUAUAGGGUGCCUCGAUGUCAUCCUCGGCCGCCUCUCCAUACGGUAGAGGUGGGCGAGGAGGACAUCGAGGCACCCUAAUGCUCUACAACAUGGGUCCUACAGCGACCGCAGCUUGGGGUCGAACUUUCAGAAAGUUUCAGGCUAUGCUUGUAGUGUAACCCUUUCCGGAAUACCUAUGACGUAGGCGUGAGCAUCGGCAAUGGUGGCGCCGCCUUGCGGCGUCGAGUGGAACCAGAGCACGUGAAACUGUUAACUGCAGUGACGGACUAUGUUCGGCGUGACUCUUGGCGUAAAGAGAAGAGACAUUCUUUGAUGGGUGUUUUAGACGAAUUGUUCUUUGUAUGUGGACUCCUAUUCCGCUUUACUUUUUGGCCUGUUACAAGCACUUGCGUUUUCGCGACCUUGUGUGUUUGGAAACGAAUUUGCGCAUUCUUAAUUAAACUCUCGGUCAUUUGUUAUAGCCAUUUAAUCUCUCCUGCCUAAUUAAGAGGGGAAGAGAGAUUGACGCUGUGUAGCACUGGCUUGUCGACCAUUUCGAAAGUGCUGCGGACGCAGCCAUGUUCUGACCAAG